CUACUUCCAAAGAGAUUUCCUCGAGUGGAGAUGUUGUCCAGCACUUUUUUCCCGGUGAUAUUUAUAUUCGUGGGCUCUUUUUCGUAUUUUUCAGCUGCACGUAAUUGCGUCAUGCAAGACUGGCCUUUUAACAGUAAAGGGGAAAAGGAAUGUAGCGGAUUUAAAUACCUUGUAGGUUUUGAAAGGGACGGAACUGACAACUUGCUAGGACUAAAGAAAGCCAAGUGCUGCGAUAGGGAUCAAACGUUCUGGGGAGUACCGACCCAGUGCACGAUGCCUGACUGGAUCAAAUCAAUGGACAGGACUGGAAUAAGCAACUGUCCUUCUGGCUUCUACCUCCGGGGUUUGUACCGCGGAGACAACAAUGGCCAAAAUGUCGGUAGUAUUGAUUGGGGAAAAUGCUGCAAACCCUCUCAUCAUCCUUAUGAACAUCACGAGUGCUAUGUAGAGGACGUCAGCAAUACGUUUAACAAAGCCGGUCUCAGUGAGUGCAAAAGGGAUGGCUUUUUUAUCGCUGGAUUUGAAAAUCAAGAUUCUGGAGGAAAGCUAUCCAGCAUCAAAAAGUUCAAAUGCUGUCGCAUGGUUGAAAGUAUUCCACAGCUUAAGACCAUGGAUGGACUUAAACAACGUGUGAUGGAUGCCACCAUGUUUAACAUUGGACAGCUGGCCAACAUGAUGGGAUUUGCCUGGUCUGGAGGGUGUUGGUCAAAAUAUGCUGGAGAACACUUCCGGCGGAAUAAAGACACGUGGGAAUCAGUCUACAAAUCUCAUUGCCUGGGUGAAGGACCUAAGAAAGACGUUCGCUUGAAGAUAACUUAUGAAAAUUUCAAAUUUACCAUGAAAGAUGUAAAAUUUGGAAAGUCUAUAAAGCAAACAAUUCCACUGGACCAGGAAGAGCAAUUGAUGAAUUCUCCUGAUAGAAGCUACAGCAAGGUAUCCUCGAACAGAAAAUCAACACCAGGAUAUGACUCUGAGGUCCAAAUACAGAUUCGAGUUGCAACCACCUUAAAAAAUGUUAAAAAAACCAGUUGGGAUUCCAAAUUUGGACUUGAAGUGGGAAUGGAGUACGAGCCACCAAGCACAACCGGUGGAGUGGGAUUUUCUGCUAAAAGCAGUUUCAGCUAUGAAUGGGGUGGAGAUCAGGAUGAUACCACAGUCGACCAAAACUGGCACAUUCUUUCCAUCAAAGAAGCUAAAAAACUACCCCCAAAAACAUUUUCAGAAUGGCACGCUUUCAAAAAACCUCAAAAAGUUACCGUUCCGUAUACAGCUACAGUCGUCCCUACAUUCUCUGUUAAACUGGAAGGUUACAUGGUAUGGGGAGGUGGUUACCAUGGGAAGUAUCCAAAUUUCCACCAGGAGCACCGUGGAUCUGGAGAUAGAAAAACACUGUCUUGGACGUUUGGGAGUGCUGAUAAACCAUUUUAUGACGACCUUAAUGACCAGAUCGAGCAGAACAUGUACCCUUGGCAAUGGCUUGCUUUGAAACAGCAUUAUCCGUACGCUCAAUACUACAUCGACCAACUCACUAAUUCAGACCUGUACGCGUUCACCAUGGAAGGCCAGUUUGAAGAGACCACCGAGAACGAGAUUAAGUCCAAGUGGUAUCCAUCACGACCUAUCUCUGAGAUGGAUGAUGCACUUGCAAAUCUAACAGCAAUGCAAGACCAGGGGGAGAACUUCCCAGAAUUUCCUCGCCUAUACCCCGAAGGACCCGUAGUCAAGAUCAUCGACAACACCAAAGACAUAGAAGCUCCUUAUGCCAAGAUGUCUAAUGACAACGAUCGAGAGGAACCGGAGCCUACAGUGUUUCCUCGCAUAAAUCCGCCGGCACCCAAGGUGAAGCCCGUUGACAACCGUAAAGAAAUGAAGCCUCCGCCCGUUAGGCACGCGAGGCGAGGAAAAGUGAAGAAGUCUGGUGACAAGCCUACAAUGUUUCCACCUAUAAAUCCUCCGGCACCAAAAGUAAAACCCGUUGACAACAGUAAGGAAAUAAAAUCUCCGCCAGUUAGACACUAGAGGCGAGGGAAAGUGAAGCAGAGUUAAAAGGUCCCCAAUAGAUUUGUCUCCAAGACGUAGAAACUCCCUUCUGUAAUCAUUAAAAGCUGAAUAAAAGAGGGAUUACGCAUAAAAAUGUUCGUUUGGUUUGGGAUUUGAUAGUUUGAAGAUUGCAGAAGAUCGAGACGCCGAUAUUUAUAUGAGCAAGACCAAAGAUCGGUUAAGAAAAUCGAUAAGCAAAUCAGGCUACCAAAUCAAUGAGUGCGCCUCCCCCCCCCCUGCUCUUCCUCCUUGUGUCUAGCGCCAACUUAUUCCAAGA